CAGGUGCCCAAGGAGUGCGAGAGGAGCCCCAGUUUGUGACGUCACGUGCAGGAGAGAACGUCAUCCUGGGAUGCGACGUGUCCCACCCCCUGAACGGCCAGCCCUACGUGGUGGAAUGGUUCAAGUAUGGAAUGCCCAUCCCCUUCUUCAUCAACUUUCGCUUCUACCCUCCUCAUGUGGACCCGGAAUAUGCCGGCCGGGCCAGUCUGCACGACAAGUCCUCCCUGCGGAUAGAGAACGUGCGCUCAGACGACCAGGGCUGGUAUGAGUGUAAGGUGCUGAUGCUGGAGCAGCAGUAUGACACCUUCCACAAUGGCAGCUGGGUGCAUCUGACCGUCAACGCCCCCCCCACGUUCACAGAUACACCACCUCAGUAUGUAGAGGCCAAGGAGGGGGGGAGCAUCACUUUGACCUGCACGGCCUUUGGCAACCCAAAACCCUCAGUGGGCUGGCUGCGAGAGGGCAGCCUCGUGGUCAGCAGUGCCAAGUACAAGAUGCCUGAUGACGCCCAUCCUAAACCAAUACUGAUCAUCCAACCCCUCCUGUGA